GCAAUAGAAAAAGUGCUAUAGAAGGAGAAAGAUAAGUGUAAAUAAAUAAAAGAAUGAAAUCAUCAAAAUUUCUGUGCAACUUUUCUCUCAGUUUGACAGGCCAGCUGGGGCAAACCUAGCAAAAUUAAUAAAUAAUUUUAUUUUUAUUGGUGAUUGUUUAUUGUUUAUAAUUUACAUUUAUACGGAUACAUUAUGUAUUUUCAUAUCUGUACAUGCAUACAUUAGUCAUUUGGAGAAUUAAAUUUUUGCUGGAUAAAUAUUAAUUUUUUUUAUAUUUUAUGAUGGUUUUGUUAAGUUAAAACAAAAUAAUAAAAAUGGACUCGUCGUUGAAUACUUCACAAAUAAAUAAUCUCUCUAGAACUAGCAAUACAUCACCCAGUCUGAAAACUCAAUUAAUGAGUCUUAUUAGAAAAUCAAACAAAAUAUUUGUCGGUGAAUAUUUAGAAAGACGAUUAGUACGAAAACAUCCAUACACAAGUUACAAAGAUAUCAUAGUCAUUGAUAAAAAUGAAAAUUUAAUUAAAAGUUUAAAAGAAAUCCAUAGAUAUAUCUACCAUCAAUUUGAAGGCCAAAAAUCACUUGGUAUAACUCGUACAAUUGUUGACGAUGAAAUACAGGAUUAUAAACUAUGGGUUGAUUUAACUGAUCAAAUACCAUUAGGUAAACACUGGUUUCAAAUUAGAUCGAUAAAAGUGGAAGAUAAUACUGUUCAGCUACAAUUAAAACACUUAAGGCCAUUCGAAAAUCCAUCAAGAAUAUUCAAUACUUCCGAUAAUCAUUCUCCUUUUGAUAUUAACGAGAUUUUAACAUAUCACAACUUAAUUGAAACGUUGAAGUUUUGUGCAGUCGUUUUGAUGAGUCUUAUUACACUAGCUGGAAACUUUCUUUGGUAUUUUGCUGACUACAGUAUUAAAAUAACUCGAGAACUUUCUAAUCUUAUCAGGGAGCUGACACCUAUUUUUUUUGGGUUUUAUGAUUUUGCAUCAAAAUGUGUAGCUAGCUUACUUUGGUUAAUUUAUAUUCUGUUUCGCGGAGAUUCUAUAAAAUCUUCUACUGCUCCUGCUCCUAGUCCUAGACCUUUGGCAAUUAUGCCUGAUUCUUACCCUCUUCAAAAUUAUCAAAGUUGAUACAGGUACCAAAGACAAUAUAAUUAAAUGUUUUCAACCAAUAAUGAUGCACCAUUAUUUAUGAUUGUAUAAUUCAGUAGAUAGUAAUUGAGGGAAUAUUUUUUGUAUUCACAUAUGUAAAUUUGAAUGGACUUUGAAAAUUUAAUAUAAAAAGUGGUAAAAUCCAAUGAGUGGUUAAUAUCUAGAAUUAUCAUGUAUCAAGUAUUUCAUUUAUAAAUUAUUUAAUUACCGAAAAAGACUGUUUAU